AGUAUAUAUAUAUCACCUUUAGAGUCUAGCCGAUUACAGGAGUCAGGUGUUGACAUGAUUAUUGAUGAUAAAGCACUGGUUUCGAUAUUUGUUAGCACUGAUGUCGCCUCAGCUUUAUAUUAGCCUCGCUAGCUAGUUCACUUCAUUUGAAAUCCUCCGGUCGUACCGAGUGAACUGUUGGCUGGUGUAUUUGUGGUGAGCGGAAGCAGAUAAUCAGGCCUGAGUUGUGACCUCAACGCACCAGAAUGGUCAAAAUCUUCGUAGGGAACCUUUCCCCAAACACAACUACGGACGAGCUUCGGUCCUUGUUCUCCCAGUAUGGUAAAAUAUCCGAGUGCGACAUCGUGAAGAACUUCGGCUUCGUCCACAUGGAAAACAAAGCCGAGGCUGAGGAAGCCAUUCGCAACCUUCACCAUUAUAUGCUCAACGGUCUAGCCAUGAAUGUGGAGAUGAGCCGAGGGAAACCCAAAGCCUCCACCAAGCUCCACGUAGGCAAUAUCAGUAGUAGUUGUACCAACCAAGAGCUGCGGGCCAAGUUUGAAGAGUUUGGCCCUGUGGUUGAGUGUGACAUAGUAAAGGAUUAUGCCUUUGUCCACAUGGAGCGGGUAGAGGAUGCGAUGGAGGCCAUCCGAGGCCUAGACAACACGGCAUUUCAAGGCAAACUGAUGAGCGUGAAGCUUUCGACUAGCCGCCUGCGUACAGCGCCGGGAAUGGGAGAGAGAACGGGUUGUUAUCGGUGCGGGCAGGAAGGCCACUGGUCCAAAGAGUGCCCACUGGACCAGAACGGCUCCUAUCGUGAGGGCCAGGGCUCAGAGGGAUAUGGCGCUCCCCGGUUCGGUACGAGUGGCGGUGGUGGUGAUCGCGGUUUCCAACAGGGCUUCAAUGGCGAACCGAGCUUUGGCAGCAACUAUGGGCCUGUGCAAGGCUUCUCCCGUGGUACUGGUUAUGGGGGUCCUGGGUAUGGCAGGGGCAUGGGCACAGGCAUGGGAACGAGCACAAGCACGGGCACGGGCUAUAAUGGUGCGAUGAGUUUCGGUGUCGCGGCGGGAUACGGCAUGGGCGCGACGUACGGCAGUGAGGCGGCAUACAGCAGUGGCGUCAGCUACGGCAGCGCGGUGCCCGGGUUCCCUGCGCGGCGAGCGUCCUAUGAUGAACGGGAUCCGUACGGGGUGGUGGACUACUAUGAAAAGUAUCGUGCGCGUCCCUAUGGAGGCAAUUAUUUUGAUGACAGACAAGCUGUCCCGCUUCCCGGCCCUCCUCCUCCCCCCCCCCCUGCGUCCUCGGCCAUAAGCACAGAGCGCAUGCCCUCGUCUAGCCUUGACCUCUAUGAGCGAAAUCCCCUUGCUCCUCCUCAGGCUCCGGGUUCUUCGUACUACGGCCGUGAUAGGAGCCCAAUUCGAAGGCUCCCCCUCGAGGUGGAAGGAUACGCGUAUGAUCGUGCGCAUGUCGCCCCCAUCUCUUCGCUUCCUCGGAGCUCUGCGUUUGACAUGCCGCGGGAUCCUUACGCCGACCGGGCACGCUAUGCGUAUUAAGCUAACACCUGUGCGCGAUUCAUAAGUGUGCACAACACAGACUAUACAGUAAAGUGGAUGUUGAUACAGCUAGUGAUGUUUUUUGGACGCGUGUCUAGCAUUCUGUAUUGAGUAGUAGUCAUGCUAUCAUGUGAAAUAUUCUGUGGUCGAUUUUUGUUAUUGUUUAAGCUUAUUCAAACGGUGCAGUCAUAAUCCUAGCAGAAAAUCCUUGAUUGCUCUAAUGAUUAACUGGUUGUGUUGUGAUGACUCUUUUUUUUCAGGUGUCCUUCAAUCAUGCCUCCACAGACACAGUCAUUCAGUCAUCACUUUUAACCAUACAGUGAAUACUAUGGUGCUUGAGUGUGGUGGAGCAGAUUAGGUGCUUUAUUCUAAUAGUUGUAUUACUUGUAGGUGUUAUCAGAGUAGCAUUUCAUUAACAUCUUCACAUUGGUUUCAGUUUCUUGGCUUUUUUUUAAUCUCCCAAGGAGAUAAAACAAUGCUUAGAUCCAUACUGAAUCCUGCUCGAGUAGUUGGGACAAUUCCACAUUUUGAAUUCUGUAAGCUUUUACAUGUUAUGGCACAUAGGAAUACUAAUUAAGGAAUAAUAACUAUAAUCCUCAACUGGGUGGGGUUUAAAUUCUUUUUGACGUUACAUGAUUUUUAAUGUAAAUGCGGACUAAUCUACUUAAAAAUGUUGUAAUAUGAAAUCAAAAUUGGAGCGAAUCGAUAUGUAGUGUAUAGAAUAAAUCAGCUGAAACCAGGUAUAUUGCAGAUUUAGACCUACCUGUAGAUUUUGAACCGAACGAGUAAAUAUCAGCUUUGAUCUGAAAAGUCAGAUUGAAGAGCAGUCGUAAAAAAUUUUUGUGAUUUUCUUUCUUUGUUGAAACUCGUUAUGUGAUUUCUGUUAGUAUCAAAAAAAAAAAAAAAGUUUUGGUACUUGCUUAGAAUUCAGUGAUUUAUUUUUUAAUACUGUUGGUUUUGUUAUUUCCAUUAUUCACCUCCUGUGCUUCACAAUUUUUCAGCAUGAAUAUUCAUCAUGAAGGCCAGCUUCUACAGCACUUCAUGUAAUUUCAUACAAAAUAUAACUUUCUGUUUGACUAUUGUAAAUGUACUGACCCCUUUAAGAAAAUUUAUAGAUCUGUCCCCACAUAAAAUUAGACCACUACAAAGUGUGUUCUGAUGUUUUUAAUUAAAUGAACCAAUUUCUUGUGUAAUAAAAUGAUCCCAGUGGAAAGGUCAUAGGCAGCAGUAGUAGUAGCAGCAGUUGCACCGGCGAUAGGAUUUAUCCUUGUAAUAUUACAAGUUGUACUGCAAUUUAUUCCUUAAUAAAGGCAAUGUAUGCA